UGUAUACUGUCAGUCAGCACAACCCAGCACUAAAAACUGAAGAGAAAGAGUAGAGAGUGAAGCGCAGCAUUUUUUUUCAGAAAAGCUUCUAUAAAUCUUUUACUCCUGAACUGCGCUUCAAUUGAAUACCGAAUAUAUUACAGUUUCUGUUUAUCUUUCUAGGGUUUGAUUUCGGAGCGUUGAGCAUCUGAAUCGGUUGGAAACGUCAAAAACGAUGGCGUUUUGGUUCCUGCUGGUGGUUGUCGCAUUCGCGUUCGCGAUCUGCAAAUUACUCUUUAUGUUCAUUCCAUCUAAUGUGCCUUCGAUCGACGUUGACACCUCCGAUGUGUUGGAUGAUCUGAAUCAGACUAAGGAAAACAGCUUCAUCUAUAUACCUUCCAGAAGACAAACAGAUAAAGUCCAAUGCUAUGAGCCUGCAACAAUGAAAUACUUGGGCUACUUCCCUGCACUGAAACCAGAUGAAGUAAAGGAGCGUGUGGCACAGGCAAGGAAGGCUCAAAAGGUAUGGGCAAAAAGUAGCUUCAAGCAAAGGCGCCAGUUUCUAAGAAUACUUCUGAAGUACAUCAUUGAGCACCAGGAUCUUAUAUGCGAGGUUUCUUCACGUGAUACCGGGAAGACCAUGGUUGAUGCAUCUUUAGGAGAAAUUAUGACAACCUGUGAGAAAAUCACUUGGCUUCUCUCAGAAGGUGAAAAGUGGCUAAAACCUGAGUACAGAUCAUGUGGAAGAUCAAUGCUUCACAAGACAGCUAAAGUGGAAUUUCAUCCCCUUGGCGUUAUUGGAGCCAUUGUUUCAUGGAACUAUCCAUUUCACAACAUAUUUAAUCCAAUGUUAGCAGCAGUCUUUUCAGGGAAUAGCAUUGUGAUUAAGGUUUCAGAACAUGCAAGUUGGUCAGGAUGUUUCUAUUUUCGCAUAAUCCAAGCUGCCCUUUCUGCUGUAGGAGCUCCAGAAAAUUUGGUUGAAGUUAUAACAGGGUUUGCAGAGACUGGAGAGGCCCUAGUGUCUUCAGUUGACAAAAUUAUCUUUGUUGGAUCACCGGGUGUUGGUAAAAUUAUAAUGAGGAAUGCUGCAGACACAUUAAUACCAGUUACUCUUGAGCUUGGCGGAAAAGAUGCCUUUAUUGUCUGUGAAGAUGUUGAUGUGCCGCAUGUUGCUCAAGUUGCUGUAAGGGGUGGUCUGCAGUCAAGUGGGCAGAAUUGUGCUGGAGCUGAGAGGUUUUAUGUUCACAAAGACAUUUAUUCCUCAUUUGUUGCUGAAGUUGUCAAAAUUGUGAAAUCUGUUACUGCUGGCCCUCCACUUGUUGGAAAAUACGACAUGGGAGCUAUAUGCAUGCAAGAGCAUUCUGAAAAGCUUCAGAGUCUGGUAAAUGAUGCCCUUGACAAAGGAGCUGAAAUUGUUGGUCGAGGAAGUGUUGGGAAUAUUGGUGAAGGGGCUGUUGAUCAGUACUUCCCUCCGACAGUUAUUGUAAAAGUCAACCAUACCAUGAAGUUGAUGCAAGAGGAGGCUUUUGGACCAAUUAUGCCAAUAAUGGAAUUUAGUACCGACGAAGAGGCAAUCAAACUUGCAAAUGACUCGAGGUAUGGUCUUGGAUGUGCUGUGUUCUCAGGCAGCCAGAAGCGAGCAAGAGAAAUAGCAUCUCAAUUACACUGCGGGAUUGCUGCAAUAAAUGAUUUUGCAUCAAACUACAUGUGUCAGUCCCUUCCAUUUGGUGGUGUAAAAGAUAGUGGAUUUGGAAGAUUUGCUGGUGUAGAAGGGUUAAGAGCCUGCUGUCUUGUUAAAUCCGUAGUGGAGGACAGAUGGUGGCCACUCAUCAAAACUAAGUUACCAAAACCUAUUCAGUAUCCCAUAUCGGAGAAUGCGUUUGAGUUUCAGCAAUCACUGGUGGAAGCACUGUAUGGUUUAAAUGUCACCGACCGUCUAAGGGCACUGGUGGAUGUUCUGAAAACCCUGUCUGAACCCAACACCACUAAGAACAGUAAGAGAACAGACUAAAACUGACAUCCAGCUGCUGCCCAUAAUCUGGCGAUCUCUCUUAAGUUUUGGUCGCUGCAAAGCCAAUAUCAAUGGUUUCUUGUAACUCUGGUCUUUUACCCGGUUUUGGUUCAUUUAACUUUGAGUCAAUGUGUACAUUCAGACAGACUACAAAUGCUAGGCAUGCCCGGUUUACCUUUGAACCUUCACUAAUGUAGAACUAUAAUGAAAUGGAACAGCAGUAGAGCAGUAAUUUCUUCUUUGUUCUU